GCUGUGUCUUGCUGCUUUUUGAGCUCAAACUUUAAAACCUGACAACAUAUAACCUAAGAAACUUAUCAACCUCAAAAACCAAGGGAACUUUGAAACCGCGUAAGGACGCUCGAGCUUGUAUUCAUGCAUUCGGAUUCUAUUUGUUUAUUUAUUGCGGAUCUGGAGGAGACGCUUGCCCGUUUUGGAUCUAUUUUGAAGUAGGCUUGAUCAAAUGUUUCAUCUUAUUUGAUAUUAUUGACACCAGUGGGUUAUUAGUGCAAGACAAACGCGAAGAUGAGCUGUGGGAAGUGACUGCCGAGCGUCUAUGAAGUAUCGUGCAAACUUUUCGCGCCCGAGUUUAAGCUAUCAGCAAUCGCAUCCUGAGCAUUUUUGUUUUCAGAUGGAUCACUAUCAGUGUCCCCUUCACAGACACUUUUAUAUCUGAUUUGUCACGAGUGAUCCAGCCUUCAGAGUUUGACAGUUUAACAUGGACACAGUGAGAUUUGCCAGACAUUUCAUAUACUACGUUGCAAUCCUUUACUUCAUAUGGAGGAGUGCAGCAGAUCAACACAGUUUUACAGACCACCUACACCAAGCCAAUGGAUUAUCCGAGCUGUGUGUUAUCGAUAAGAUGAUAUGUCAGGAUGAAAAUGCUGUGCUGAGCUUCGAGGCCAUUCGCAGCAUCCACAAAGACAUGGACGAUGAUGCAGAUGGGAGCGUGGAUGUGACAGAAACGGAUGGGUUUCUGAGGGAGGACCUGAAGUACCAGGACCCCAAAGGAAAACACAAGAGCUUUCAUAGAGCAGAUUUGCUGAUCACAGUGGAGGACAUGUGGAACUCAUGGAAAGCCUCUGAAGUGUAUAACUGGACAGUAGAAAAUGUUGAGGACUGGCUCAUCAACUGUGUGGAGUUGCCACAAUAUGCUGAUUCCUUCAGGAAAAAUGGCAUCAGUGGCAGGGGUCUGCCGAGAUUGGCAGUAAAAAACGCCACCCUGCUUUUUGCCGUGCUGAAGAUACCAGACCGCAGUCAUGCUCAGAAGCUGCAGUUGAAAGCUCUGGACAUAGUUAUCUUUGGGCCACCAGUGAUUAAGCACAAUCACUUGAAGGACUUAAUGCUGGUGGUGUCCAUUGUGAUUGCAAUCGGGGGCUGUUGGUUUGCCUACAUCCAGAACAAAAACUCUAGGGAGCACAUGAGCAAGAUGAUGAAGGACCUGGAGGGGCUGCAGAGAGCUGAGGAGAGUCUCCUAGACCUCCAGCAAAAACUACAGAUCGAGCAGGAGAAGCAGCAGACGGUAAAGGUGGAGGAGGUCAAACUAAAGCAGAAGUUACAGGAUGAGAUAGACACGGCCAAGCACGAAGCACAGAGACUGCAAGAACUGCGUAAGGGCACAGAGAACGAACUGAGUCAACAGAAAUAUGCAGAGGAAGAGCUGGAACAGGUGCGCAUGGCUCUGAAGAAGGCCGAGAGGGAGCUGGAGUCCAGGAACAGCUGGUCUCCACCCGAAGCUCUUGAAACAUGGUUGCAGCUUACUCAUGAGGUGGAGGUGCAGUACUACAACAUCAAAAAACAAAGUGCUGAACGACAGCUUAUCUUGGCUAAAGAAGGGGCAGAGAAGAUCAAGAAGAAGAGAGGAACGAUCUUUGGAACAUUUCAGGUGGCUCACAGCUCUUCAUUGGAUGAUGUGGAUCACAAAAUCCUGUCUGCCAAACAAGCUCUUGGUGAGGUGACCGCUGCCCUGAGGGAAAAACUCCAUCGAUGGCAACAAAUCGAGUGUCUGACGGGUUUUAAUAUCACUAAUAAUCCCGGGAUGUCCUCUCUCGCUUCUGCUCUUAAUCUGGACCCUGCGUUCCUGGGCAUCCGGCCUGCCACACCUCAGACCCUACUGUUAUCUGAUGACUUGGAUGAUAUGGAUGAAGACAUGCUUUCCCCAGAAACCCUGCGAUAUGCCGCCUGGCAGAUGGACCGGCGAGUGAGCGACCUUUGGCCUGGGGCAUCCGGGAGCCCAUCCCUUUGGAAACAAUCUGCUCCCAGUCUGACGUCCGUCAGGCCACGACAUGUAGACGCGCUGCAGAACCUGAGCUCACAGAGGGAUCUAAACCGUUCAGAAUCCGAUUCCUCCCUCUCUACGUCCCAGUAUGCGGAAACGCAACCCUCGACUCAAUACAAUAGGUUUUCCAGGUCCAAUGAGGGUUCUUCCACAAACAGCCCUGUACUGCAGAAAAAGACCUUUGGCAUGGAGAAGUGCGUCAGUCUCGGAGAGAUUCACUCUCAGCCAUCUAGCCUCAACUCGGUCGAUUCCGCACGCUCCCUCAUCCAUACCUCUUCUGAGCCGGACGGCUUUCCGGCGUCAGCACGGGCAGGCAGCCGUAGCCCUCACAUCACAACCAAGAAGAACCUGAUGGAAGAGGACAACGGUUCCACAGGAGAAGACACAGAAGGUUCUAGCUCCGGCCGCAAGAAGCACACCUUUACAAGAAUCUUUAAGAGACCAAAGAAAUAACAACAGCACAAACUCCAUGCAAAGAAAAAAUAUGUAUAUAACGAUUUUAUUCACAGGACAUAGAGUGACUUUUUGUCACUGGGAGCAGAUUUUUAGUAAAGUAUAUCGCAUUUUUGAUUUCCUAGUUUGCGUUGUCUAAUGGGAACAGUACCAGUCAUUUGUUGGGAACAGGUAUGAUAUCACUGUACAUUUAUUUAUUUAGAUGCUUCAGAGGCACAAGAUACUUUGUGCAUUUUUUUGGUAAUUAAAAACCUUCACCUUGAGCAUCUGAUUUACAAUCGGCCAGCCCAUGCAAAGGCUUUCACGCACAUUCAAAUGACAUCCUAUCCUGUUGUUUUACAUAGGAUUUGCUUGGACAUCUGUGGUGCUGUUGUAAUGUAUCGCAAGUUCGCAACUCCGCAUUGUGCUGCCAGGGGAUUGGAUUUGGGUUUAACAUGACUAUCUGUAUUUUUAAAUACACGAUUGUAUAUAUGGUAGAAAACCUGAAUGCUUGUGGUGUCACUGGACGGCGGUACUGAAGUACACAGCAUCUGUGUACAUAUAUUGACUGAUGGUUUUAAGGGCUGAAUAUAUCUUUAUAUGUUGUACUGUACCAUAAUUAUGAUCUUUCAAAAUGUUUUACUAUCACUACCUCCUCACAAAGGAGCACAGAUACGACUGGUACCUUUCCCUAAUAUGAAAGCAUUUGCUAAUGUGUGUGUGUGUGUGUGUGUCAUAGACAGUUCUCAUAUUCAUCUGUCAUUCAUGCUCAGCAUGUAACUACAUGCCUACAAGUUCUUUCACAUUCAACAAAUGAGAAAUUUAAAGGGUGGGGGGAUUUACGAAAUAAAGUUGAAUGGUCACAGA